AUGGGCAAGCUCAAGCUUCCCAUACUCUCUCUCUGUGCUGCAGUAGUAAUCUUCGUGCAUGUUCUAAACUCGGUCGAAUCAACGGUCCUGAUUCGUUUUGAUCAAGCUCCCCAAGCAAGUUCAAGAUACUCUUAUGCAGUUUUUAGAUACUCUUUUGAGAGGCUGAACGGUUCAAAUGCAUGCCAUGACAAUAGGUGUUCCAUAUACUGCCAACUUGAUGGAGAAGUCUUGAGUUCUUGUCCAGCUAAUUUCAUAAUACUGAAGAACUUAACUGUCAACCGUGACCACAAAUUUAUUCUUAACGUCACAACCCGAAGUGGCGAGAGAAACUCAUCAGCUUAUUAUUGGUUCAUUGACACAGUACCACCAACUGCAACAAUUUCCACCAAACAGAACUAUACUAAUGCUAAACGAAUAGCUAUUGAUGUCAAAUUCAGCGAGGAUUGUGCUGGACGGGGUGGCUUCAAGUGUGUAAACUCCUCGGACUGUGAUGUCAUAAUCAAAGGACCGGCGCAUAUAGACCCAAAAUCCUUGCGCAUUGUUAAGCCCUCCAUACAUUACAAGCUUGACGUAAUUCUUUCCAUGGAAACUGCAGUUGGACGAGUUGUAAUUACAAUGGCAGAUAGUAUUUGUACAGACCAGGCAGGGAAUUUCUUUACAAGAACAAAUGGUUCCUCUAUAAUCAUUCACUUUGAUAGAAGGCCAGUGCUGGUGGAUUUCUGGACCGCGGUUCCUUCAUAUGAGUUAGUGAUUAAUGGGGUCCCAAGAACUGUCUUUGCAACCAACAAAGUGGAAAAUUUAAAGAUGUUCUUGGACUUCAGCAUUCCCAUAGUGAAUUCCACACUGCAGAUUUUAAAUUCAUUGAGGGUGAACCAGGGUAGAAGUUUAUCACCUAUUAGUGGUAGAAAUCAAGGGAACCGCCGAUUUGCUUUCGAACUGAAUGUUACAUCAAGAACUGAAACCAUCACGGUCGAACUACAAGCUGAAUUAUUGAUUGGCAGGAAUGGAUCUCCUGUCUCACCUGUUGCCUCAGUUACAUUUCUAUAUGAUUCUGUAAAGCCUGGUGUAAGACUAAGUACCAGCUCUCCAAAUGUCACAAGGGAGUCCGAGAUUAACAUUAUAGUUGAGUUUACAAAGCCGGUUUUUGGGUUUGAAGCUUCCGUGGUAGAAGUGAUUGGUGGCAGAAUAACAAGGUUGAAGGAAGUUUCGAGAGCUCUGUACUCGUUGAAUGUCGUGGCAGUAACUCAUAACGUGUUGUCAUUAAUCAUUCCUGAAGGGAAAGUAAAUGAUAUUUCAGGAAAUCCAAACUUGGCAUCAAACCAACUUGAAGUGAGGCACUAUUCAAUCCCUUCAUUGUCAACUGCACUGCACUCUUUUGUGACUGCGGGAAUAUUGGCGACAUCAUUAGCGACAGCUGUUCUUUCAAUUUCAGUGGCCAAUCUUGGGGCUAUAGACACUCUUGCCUCUGGGAGUACCAGUAUUAUUGCCACUGAUCCAUCAAUGAAUCUUCACGGUAUGGUUGGACAUCUUCAAGUGUUUGUCCUCUCAGAAUGGCUCUCAGUUACCCAACCCAUUGAAUUUUCUGAGUCUGCAAAGGGUCUUAGAUGGCUUAUACCUCAUCAAAAGCUUCCAUGGAAACAUGAUAGUGCUUCAGUUUGGCCCAACUAUAUUUAUCUAACGGAAGAGAAGCUUGGAAAGAAAUUUAGCACCGUUUCUGAAAACAAGACGGCUACUUAUCAAGUUGACUCUUGCCUUAAAAAUAUUUCUUGUCCACAAUCAACAGAGAUUGAACCCACAACCGGCUGGCUUCAUGGGCAGUAUAAUAUAAGCCUGAAAAAGGCGCCUUAUGGACUGCCUCUUGAUACCAAAGAAUAUUUUAUUUAUUUCCUGAAAGGAGAGCCGUUAUCUGCUAGCGAUGUCGUAAAGAGAAUGGAGAAUUAUAAAGGGUGGCAAGACUUAGAGAUGAACUUGUUCUGGCUUGGAGUGGUAGGAGGCGGUCUAGUUACGGCACAUAUUCUGGUAUUACUUUUUCUAAAAUGGAGAACAGGAACACCAGUUCAUGGGAUACUUUCAGUUCCCCGGUUCGAGAUAUUUCUCCUGAUUCUCAUGCUACCUUGCAUCUCUCAGUCGUCAGCAUUUGUAAUAAGAGGUGGUACAACCGGGGGAAUAAUCACGGGAGCUUUAUUGCUUGCAGUCCCCGCAGCUUUUAUUUUAUCAUUAUGCCUUUUUCUCAUAGUAGCAGUCUUCUCUGGAAGUCUGCUUCAGUACAAGGAAAUCAAGCAUGUUGCUAUAACAAAAUCAUGGUACAUAAAGCUUUGCUUCUUCUUUACAAUGAAGCCCACAACAGGAAAGUGGUUUUACAGAGAAGGGGUCCCUUCGUCUUUCCUUUCACGUUUUGGAAUUCUCUUUGAGAAUUGGAAAGGUCCUCCAUUGUUUGCCUUUGUCGAUCAAAACGACUCAAACACCACAAACAAGUGGGGUGGAAGUGGCCAUUACGGGAUUGGGAGAAUACGAGCUGUCAGCUCAGUCGACAGUACUGAAGAGACUGAAAUUCCCUUGCUGAGAAGACUUUUGGGCUGUGCUAGAUCUUCAUACAUAGUUCUCGAUCUCUUAAGAAGGGUCGGUUUGGGGAUCAUCUCUGGAGCUUACUCAUCGAAGAAAUUGAGCCAAAGUAUGUUUGCGUUGACAAUCACAGUGGUGCAGUUCAUGUAUCUAUUCCUACUCAAACCAUACAUCAGUAGAGGAGUCCACCUUGUUGAAAGUGUGUCUCUCUUGUGUGAGGUUGGACUUUUUGCUUUAUCUGUCAGUAUGACUCGCACAAAUCCAAUGGAAGCACAAAAAUUGGGAUUUGUUAUGCUGGCUCUCCUCUUGAUUACCUUUGUUUCUCAGCUUAUAAACGAGUGGUACGCACUAAUAAAUUCCCUACUACGACUAUCACAUCCUCGGAAAAAUUCUCUCAAGCUCGGAUUGAAGGUCGCUGCUAAAGGUUUUAUUCUUCCUUUCCUUCCAAGGAGACAUUGGCCUGGAGUUAUACCGAGAUCCUCCCAUGCGAAAACAGGCCUAGCUCCAUUCCUUCCUCCAAGUCCAGAAACAGAGUUAAAAAGAAGAGAAAGGAGAACAACUAGUAUUGACCCCAUCGGUGCCAUGAGUUCAACAGUCGUCCCUGUGCUUAGUCCUGGUUCACCAAGCCCCGAUGUUAUUCAAAUGGCAGUUUCCACAACUGCGGAGAGAAAUGUUAGUUGGCAGAGAUCCGGAGAAGGAAAACAGCUAAAGGGACAUGAAGAAGAGCGAAAGAGUGAGAUGAAGAAGCUAAGAGCAUUGGCAAGGGCUAGUUUCUCAGGGGACUCAAAUGCCAAGGAAGCUAGCACCAGCUAUGCACUAUAGCCUAUAGGUUUUGAAUCUUUGUAAACUACAAAGGCUAGAUUCUGACUAGAGCAUUAGUUUGUAUUUUCCAAAUCGUUCCGAAAUCUCUUCUGCAA